AUGGUGGGUGAAGCCUACCUCAUCUCGGAUCUGGACCGGCGGGGCCAGCGGAGAUCCUUUGUAGAGAGAUAUGACCCCAGCCUGAAGACCAUGAUCCCGGUGCGCCCCUAUGCAAGGUUGGCAACCAACCCAAUAGAUGAUGCAGGGCUUCUCUCCUUUGCCACGUUUUCCUGGCUCACUCCGGUGAUGGUUAAAGGCUACAAGGGCGAGCUGACUGUGGACACCCUGCCCCCCUUGUCACCAUACGACUCAUCUGACACCAAUGCCAAAAGAUUUCGAGUCCUCUGGGAUGAAGAGAUAGGAAGGGUGGGUCCUGAGAAGGCCUCCCUGGGCCGAGUGGUCUGGAAGUUCCAGAGGACGCGUGUUCUGAUGGACAUCCUGGCCAACAUCCUGUGCAUCAUCAUGGCGGCCAUCGGGCCGACGAUUCUCAUUCACCAGAUCCUCCAGCAGACCGAGAACGCCUCCCGGAAGGUCUGGGUUGGCAUCAGCCUGUGUGUGGCCCUUUUUGUCACCGAGUUUACCAAGGUCCUCUUCUGGGCCCUCGCCUGGGCCAUCAAUUACCGCACCGCGGUCCGGCUGAAGGUGGCCCUCUCCACCCUGGUUUUCGAAAACCUGGUGUCCUUCAAGACCUUGACACACAUCUCUGUCGGCGAGGUGCUCAACACACUGUCCAAUGACAGCUAUUCCUUGUUUGAAGCGGCCUUGUUUUGCCCCUUGCCAGCCACCAUCCCUCUCCUAAUGGUGGUUUGUGCAGUGUAUGCCUUUUUCAUUCUGGGGCCCACGGCUCUCAUCGGGAUCUCCGUGUACAUCAUAUUCAUCCCCGUCCAGAUGUUCAUGGCUAAGCUCAAUUCAGCUUUCCGGAGAUCAGCAAUUUCAGUGACAGACAAGCGAAUUCAGACAAUGAAUGAGUUUCUGACCUGCAUCAAGCUGAUUAAAAUGUACGCCUGGGAGAAAUCUUUUACAAACACCAUUCGAGAUAUAAGACAGAAGGAAAGGAAAUUACUGGAAAAGGCUGGGUUUGUCCAAAGUGGAAACUCGGCCCUGGCACCCCUGGUGUCCACGGUGGCCACGGUGCUGACCUUCACCUGCCACACCCUCCUGCGGCGCGAGCUCACCGCCCCUGUGGCUUUUAGCGUGAUUGCCAUGUUUAAUGUGAUGAAGUUUUCAAUUGCAAUCUUGCCUUUCUCCGUCAAAGCAGGGGCUGAAGCCAGUGUCUCUCUAAGGAGAAUGAAGAAAAUCCUCAUAGAUAAAAGCCCCCCAUCUUACAUCACCCAACCAGAAGACCCAGAUACUGUCUUGCUUUUAGCAAAUGCCACCUUGACAUGGGAGCAAGAAGCCAGCAGGAAAAGUGACCCCAAGAAAGUGCAGAAGCAGAAAAAACAUUUGUUCAAGAAACAAAGGUCAGAGGCAUACGGUGACGGCAGCCCGCCAGCCCAGCAAGUCGCUGGCCCAGAGGAGCAAAGUGGCAGCCCCAAACCGGUCCUGCACGACAUAAGUUUUGAGGUUAGAAAGGGACAGGUCUUGGGAAUCUGCGGGAAUGUGGGGAGUGGAAAGAGCUCCCUCCUUGCAGCUCUCCUGGGACAGAUGCAGCUGCAGGAAGGAACUGUGGCCGUCAGCGGGACCCUGGCCUACGUCUCACAGCAAGCCUGGAUCUUUCACGGGAACGUGAGAGAAAACAUACUGUUUGGGGAAAAGUACGAUCAGCAAAGGUAUAAGCACACGGUUCGCGUCUGUGGCCUCCAGAAGGACCUGAGCAGCCUCCCUUAUGGAGACCUGACAGAGAUCGGGGAGCGGGGCCUCAACCUCUCUGGGGGGCAGAGGCAGAGGAUCAGCCUGGCCCGUGCUGUCUACUCCGACCGUGAGCUCUACCUGCUGGAUGACCCCCUGUCGGCUGUGGAUGCCCAUGUGGGCAAGCUGGUCUUUGAGGAGUGCAUUAAGAAGGCACUCAGGGGGAAGACCAUUGUUCUGGUGACCCACCAGCUACAGUUCUUGGAGGCUUGUGAUGAAGUCAUUUUGUUAGAAGAUGGAGAGAUUUGUGAAAAGGGGACCCACAAGGCCUUGAUGGAGGAGAGAGGGAGCUAUGCAAAGCUGAUUCACAACCUCCGAGGGCUGCAGUUCAAGGACCCUGAGCACAUUUGCAACGCAGCCAUGGUGGACACCCUGGAGGAGCCCCCCGCUGAGAGAGAGGAGGCCGCCGGUACAGUCAGAGUUAUUUUGGCUCCCGGAAAUGAGAAGGAGGAAAGAAGAGAAUCUGAAACAGACUCAGAGCUUAUAGACACAAAAGUUCCUGUGCACCAGCUUGUCCAGACUGAGUCCCCCCAGGAAGGAACAGUGACCUGGAAGACAUAUCACACAUACAUUAAGGCUUCUGGAGGGUACCUCCUUUCUCUCUUCACAGUGGCCCUCUUCCUCCUCAUGAUUGGCAGCUCCGCCUUCGGCAACUGGUGGCUGGUUCUCUGGUUAGACAAGGGAUCACAGAUAAGCUGUGGAUCUCAGGGCAACAAGACAGCGUGUGAGGUGGGCAAGGUCCUGGCCGACAUCGGGCAGCACGUGUACCAGUGGGUGUAUGCCUCGAGCAUGCUGUCCAUGCUCGUGUUCAGCAUUGUCAAAGGCUUUACCUUCACCAAGACCACACUGAUGGCAUCCUCCUUGCUGCACGACAGGGUCUUUGACAAGGUCUUAAAGAGCCCGAUGAGCUUCUUCGACACGACUCCCACUGGCAGGCUAAUGAACCGCUUUUCCAAAGACAUGGACGAGCUGGACGUGAGGCUGCCGUUUCAUGCGGAGAACUUUCUGCAGCAGUUUUUUCUGGUGGCAUUUAUUCUCCUGGUGCUGGCUGACGUGUUUCCGGCCGUCCUUUUGGUUGUGGCCGGCUUUUCUGCAGGCUUCUUCAUGCUUUUAUGUAUUUUCCACAGAGGGGUCCAGGAGCUGAAGAAGGUGGAGAAUAUCAGCCGCUCGCCCUGGUUUUCCCAUAUCACUUCCUCCAUGCAGGGCCUGGGCAUCAUCCACACCUACGACAAGCAGGCAGACUGCGUCAGCAGCCACCUCCUCUACUUUAACUGUGCUCUCAGGUGGUUCGCCCUGCGGAUGGACGUCCUCAUGAAUGUCGUCACCUUCAUCGUGGCCUUGCUGGUGACCCUGAGUUUCCCCUCCAUCAGUGCCUCAUCCAAAGGCUUGUCACUGUCGUACAUGAUUCAGCUCAGCGGGCUGCUCCAGGUGUGCAUUCGGACAGGGGCGGAGACCCAAGCCAAGUUGACCUCCGUGGAGCUGCUGAGGGAGUAUAUUUUGACCUGUGUUCCUGAAAGCAGUCAUCCCCUCAAAGAGGGCACCUGUCCCCAGGACUGGCCCAGCCGUGGGGAGAUAACCUUCAGAGACUAUCAGAUGAGAUACAGAGACAACACCCCCCUCGUCCUCGAGGGGCUGAACCUGGACAUACAAAGUGGGCAGACAGUAGGGAUUGUUGGGAGGACUGGUUCUGGAAAGUCGUCGUUGGGAAUGGCCUUGUUCCGUCUGGCGGAGCCUGCCAGCGGCACCAUCUUCAUCGAUGGGGUGGACAUCUGCACCGUGGCUCUGGAAGACCUCAGAACCAAGCUGACUGUGAUCCCCCAGGAUCCCGUCCUGUUUGUAGGUACAGUAAGGUACAACCUGGAUCCCUUUGAAAGUCACACCGACGAGAUGCUGUGGCAGGUUCUGGAGAGGACGUUCAUGAAAGACACGAUAAUGAAGCUCCCAGAAAAAUUACAGGCAGAAGUCAUGGCAAAUGGAGAAAACUUCUCAGUAGGGGAACGCCAGCUGCUUUGUAUGGCCCGAGCGCUUCUCCGUAAUUCAAAAAUCAUUCUCCUGGAUGAAGCCACUGCCUCCAUGGACUCCAAGACCGACACGCUUGUUCAAAGCACCAUCAAGGACGCCUUCAAGGGCUGCACCGUGCUGACCAUCGCCCACCGCCUAAGCACGGUUCUCAACUGCGACCGAGUCCUGGUCAUGGAGAACGGGAAGGUGAUUGAGUUUGACAAACCUGAAGUACUUGCCGAGAAGCCGGAUUCAGCGUUUGCCAUGCUCCUCGCAGCAGAAGCAGGAUUGUAG